AGCGAGGAGGAGGUGGAGAAGUGCCGCGCCUUUCAUCCCACCGGGCCGAAAACGCGGAGCAACCACCACUUGCUUGUUCCUCCUUCGUCUCUUCGGUCAAAUUCAUCCCCAACCAGAUAGCUCCCCCGUCCAUCCCCGCUCACAUCCCGUCUGGGGGUUUACCGAUUUUUACUCCUCUUGCUUCUAGCGCAAUUCCGAAUAUCCUGUUUCUGCUUCCGCCCUGCUGUCGCAUCACCCUUUCACAACAUGUCUGAAUCACGACUAUACUCCUUCUCCCCCGAGACGAAAGAAAAGCUUCGCAAGUUCCGCUUGGGAACCUCUCGCGCCAAGGAUCCGCAGGCUAUUAUUUAUAUCAUCGAUAACAAGACCCAGGAGAUUCGACCUGAAGAUGGCGAGGUUUACUCCAAGAUGGAGGAUGUAGCCGAUGAGCUUCCGGAAUCGUCUCCUCGGUUUAUCCUCCUCAGCUAUCCCCUGACCUUGGCUUCCGGCCGUCCUACGGUUCCUUACGUCAUGCUCUACUACCUCCCCGAGAACUGCAACCCGAAUCAGCGCAUGAUGUAUGCGGGUGCUGUCGAGUUGAUGCGCAAUACGGCGGAGGUUAACCGGGUGAUUGAGGUGUAUGAGGAGGAUGAUAUUAUCUCGAUCGAGUCGAAGCUGCAAAGUGCGGAUUAGGCAUACUACCGUGUGGUAGGCUCUGAGGCCUAUUCAUUGGUCAUUCAGGACCUGCGUUUACAUUAUAAUUAUAGUGCUGGCAUUGUAUACAUGAACAGGUUAGAUUCGGAUAC